GAGCCUUCCUGCUGCCCUACAUCCUGAUGCUGGUGGGUGUGGGUCUGCCCUUGUUCUUCAUGGAGCUGGCCUUUGGUCAGUUUGCCAGCCUGGGGCCCAUCACUGUGUGGAGAAUCAACCCCUUGUUCAAAGGUUUGGGUUAUGCAAUGGUCAUUGUGUCUUGGCUCAUCAGUCUGUAUUACAACGUGAUUAUUGCGCAAGUGCUCUUCUACCUGUUCGCUUCCUUCACGGAUUCCCUCCCCUGGAUCAGCUGCGACAACCCUUGGAACACCAACAACUGUCUGGUGUUUAAUCACACGGAGAGGAACCAGGCUGUCAAUGCCUCAGUACAAAGCACAGUGAUGACCUACAUAGAAGGCGCAGCCUACAACCUCAGCUCUGCCGUCCUGUCAAACCUGACGUCAGGAAUGACCGAGGCAGCAACGACAACGACGACGACAACAGCGCUGCCUGACGCUGAGACCACCACCAGGGCUCUCGCUGCGACGAUGAACACACCUGCGGAGGAAUAUUACAGAUACUACGUGCUGGAACAGUCAAAGAGCAUUGAUGAGUUCGGUUCUUUGAACUGGAGGCUGGCAGGUUGUCUGCUCCUGGCCUGGAUUGUCGUCGGUGCGUGCUUGAUCAAGGGAGUGCAAACUUUGGGCAAGGUGGUGUACUUCACGGCCAUCUUCCCGUACGUGAUGCUGACGGUGCUGUUGGUGCGCGGCGCGACCUUGGACGGUGCCAUGAACGGGGUCAUCUAUUACCUCAAGCCUGACCUUGACAGACUGGCGGACCCAAGGGUGUGGAGUGACGCAGCUACUCAGAUCUUCUACUCCCUGAGUGCGUGUUCGGGCGGCCUGAUCGCCAUGAGCAGCUUCAACAAGUUCACCAACAACUGCCACCGUGACGCCAUCAUCGUUGCUAUCCUCAACUGUUCCACGUCUGUCUUCGCCGGCUUCGUCAUCUUCUCCAUCUUGGGUUUUAUGGCUUACGAGAAGGGAGUGGACGUUUCAGAAGUGGCCAAAGAAGGUCCUGGUCUAGCCUUUGAGGUUUACCCCGAAGCCUUGUCUCGGAUGGUCGUCUCCCCUUUGUGGUCCGUGUUUUUCUUCAUCAUGAUGGCUACCCUAGGGUUUGGCUCCCAGUUCUCCAUCGUGGAGUGUGUUCUGAGCGCGCUGUUGGAUGAGUUUCCCCAACUGAUGAAGACUUUUCGCCGCUCGCUCUCGUUCCGAGUGUCCAUGAUGGUGCUGGGAUUUUUGCUGGGUCUGCCCAUGGUGUGUGGCGGUGGCAUCUACCUCCUGGAGCUGGUCGACUACAGCGUGGGUGGCUUCCCUUUGUUGAUUGUCGGCCUGGUGGAGUGUGUUGCAAUUAAUUGGAUCUAUGGUUUCAAUAACUUUUGGGGAGACAUACAAAUGAUGAUCGGUGACCGACCGAAACAGUACUGGAAAAUCUGCUGGACUAUUCUCACUCCUUUUGUUAUUGUGCUGACCAUCAUCCUGAACGCGAUCUUUUACAAAGCCCCGACCUACAAAGGACUGCCGUUUCCUGGAUGGGCGGAGGCAUUGGGCUGGCUCAUCGUCAUGUUUCCUGUGUCGGCCAUUGUUGUUUGGUUCGUCUAUUAUUACUGCAAGAAAGGAGGUUUCAGACUGCUAAAGAUGCGCAGCAUGCCCCUCCCUCACUGGGGCCCGGCGCUGGCCAACGACAGGAAGGACCGCUACUCCCCCGAACGACAGGGCCAGCAAAACUUCGGAACUCUCCAGUACCAGGUGGGUCAGAAAAUCUACCGCAGCCACUUGGACGUCCACGAGAUCGCACGUCUGCUAGCCGGAAGCAGCACCACCAUCAACACGGUCAACACUCAGAUGACCGGCGCAAGCUCGACCAUGACCUUGGAGACGGGAGCCAAUCCCACCCCGGUGGGAUCUAUAUGGGGCAGCAACACAUCUGUGUAGUCUCACGGCACUGUGAUCUUGACUCCCCUCAUCUUUCAGUACAGCGCUGGUUCUUAUGGAGAAACUGACGAAGCUACAAGAGACCCAAUAGUUGGAGGAAAUAAUAAGGAUAAUAAUCAUAAUAAUAUGUACAACUACUUCUAUUACUACUACUACUACUACUACUACUACUACUACUACUAAUGAUAAUUAUAAUAUUAAUAACAAUAAAAUUAAAAUAAUAAAACAAAUAAAGGUAAUGAUAAUGAUUAGGAUUUCGCCAGCAAGCUUUUCUAAUGUUCUAAACCCAGAGAGCAAAAUGUUUCAGGAGAGAGAGAAAAACCCAGUCUGUUAUAUUCUUUUUUAUAACUGAACUUCAUUAAAAAUGUACGUCUUUCUUGUUUUUUUUCCAACAAGUACAAUUUGAAUUUUGACAAAAUAUUUCUUGAGCACUUGCAACCAACCGUUACCACAGAUUAAAAAACGGCUAUAAAAGUUGUUUCCAAUAUAUUGGGUUGAGUGCUUUUGAGCAACGGGCCAACGGUAAUGUGUGUUGCACACAUUCUCUCUCAACAGCAAGCUCUGUGCUUUUUACAGCAGACCCAAAAAACGUUCACAAAUGAUCUCCACUUCCCUGGAAACAUACAGUGCAAGGGUUUUUUCAAUGUUACAACAAUAUUAUAAACAUAGAUAAAGUCUUGCAUAUGUAUUAUAUAAGAUUAAAACAUUUUUUAAAAGAUUGAGCAUUAUCAUUGAGUAUUGAGCUCUAAUUUUUGUGGUCAUGAAUAUUUAGGUAAUUUACUGCUGGCUUUAUUUAGAAUAUUCUAAUUUUUACUCUUACUCAGUCA